AUGGAAGAACGUGAGCACAAAUGUAAGUCCAUGGAGCUUGAGAACACAAUAGCAGAAUUAAGGAUCCAACUAAGCGAGAGGGAUCAGGAUCUGUUAGCCAUUGACUUGGAAAUCUCAGGUCUACCGGAACAAAAGGGGGAAGUAGCCAUUAACACUGUGAUACUAUGUGCUAGAAAGUUAGGCCUUGAUAUUGACCACCGUGAAAUUGUCCAUGCCGAGCGUGUCGGAAUAUUACGCAAAUCUAUUGACGACAUUAAUAGCUCUCAAGAACAAGUUCGUUUGGGACCACGUAGAAUUAUGGUGCGAAUGAGCCGCUGA